CAUCAAUUCAUCAUCACAAUAACAAUUGUAUUAUCCAAAUAUUAUAUCAUAUACUCUUACAGAAUUCAGUAUAUACAAACACGACUCUCAUUUUAAGAUAAACCGAGUAUUAGAAUUUUUUUUUUUUGGCUCCUUUACCAUUUCCACUUAAAUAAAUGGUUCUCAAAUGAAAUCAUAUGGCUGACUCUUGACUGUCUUUAUAUUAUGCACUUUGCCAUUUCCCUCCGAAAACUUUGCCAUUUCACCAUUAACUUCUCAAGCAGAAGCUGCUGCAGCAGCAGCCAACUAAAGUUCUUAAUCUUACCUUGAUUUUGAUUCUUGUGCAAAAAAACCCACAACAUCAUUUCAUUGGGUCUUGUAGAUUUUUCGCCUUUCUCCAAUACAGAUUGUUUCAUUCAGAUUGAUUUCCAGUUUCUUAUUUAUCUUGAAGAAAUACGAGAAACAGUAGGUGGGGGAGGGAGAAAUACAGGGGAAACUGUUUGCUUUCCUGGGCUCCAUUUGGGUUCCCUUUGUUCAGCUUUAUUUUCCUGGCGAAAGUGGAGUUCACUGUGAACAUUGUCUGGCAAUCGGAACUGUUUGUUCGUUAUCUUCAGUGAAUCAGUGUCCUUGAAAAAAGGACUGCCCUUUAAAAAUUCUUGUUGCAGAACAGAAUCCUCCUCUGUGUCCUCUACGUUCAUAGCUCCUUAGCUUUAAUGAUUUGAACUACUGUGAUCCAUCUGUCUUGUACUCCCCCCCGUUAGGCCUUUUUGAACUGGCCAAAUUUCCUUCUUCUUUUUUCCUUCCCAUUCUGAAACGAAUUCCAAAUUUCAACAAAGGGGUCCUCUCAAGUCCAUCAUUGCAGCAGUAAUAAUUUAAACAAAGUUGAAGAGGAAGAACAGGGGAAGCCCUGAAAUUUUUUCUGGCAUUUGGAGUUUUGGCAACAAAAAAAAAAAAGAUGGCUUCAAAGACUCUGCCUUCUUUCAGGGAUGAAAGCAGAGAUCUACAUAAACAUAUAGGAUGCAUGAGUGGGAUCUUUCAGAUAUUUGACCGCCAUUACUUCAUUAUUAGUCGCCGUUCCGCCGGCCAAAACCAGAAACGGCUGCUUCCAGGUAUUUCCUCUGCUUCUUUGUACUGGCAUUUGAUAUGCAAAUUUGACUUUAAACUGAUUUCAUCAAGCAUUACUGCUUUGUUUCCAUUUCCAUCAAAACAGUCUUUUUUACUUGUUUUGUUGCAGUAUCCUGCCUGUUUUUACUGUUGUCAUUUUUCCGACCAAGUAGAAUGGAUUAUGAAGCAAUAAUCGCUUCGGCUGAAAAAAGUUCCUGUUAACAUCUGUUUAGCUUUCCAUGAAAAUGCACAAGAUUAGAAACAGAAAAUGGAAAAUGCAUAUUUUUAUGUGAAGACAUAAUCUGUGUUAAGGAAAGGAAGUUUCCUAAAAUUAUUGGGACCUCAAGAUAUUGCAAGCCAAUCAAACAUAAUGUCUUAACAUUAUAAUGUUGGUAUUUGUGUUUAGGUCCCAACAAUGACAAGGAAACCAACAAUAUAGCGGAAAAGGAAACUGCACGGUUACAAGUAAGUUAUCUUGAAUGUGACUUGUUUUGGAUUGAGAAUGUAGACAACAGAUAAUGACAGUGUUGGAUUUGCAGCUGCAGAGUAAAAAUUUCAAGGAAAUCGCUCAGGACCAACCGCGGGUUUCCACUGAAUCGCUUGGAACCUCCUUCUCAUCUUCCUCUGGUUGUUCAUCUACCUUUUCCUCGGUUGAUCACGGCAAAGCAAUUCAAAGCAGACCAUCCCCACUCAAUCAAAGCAGUUCACUUGAGACCCCGACUGAAAUGCUGGCACAACAAAGAGGUUCAGCAUUGCAUAACAGCCAGCAUUCAUCUGAUCUUCGUGACGUGGUAAAGGAUUCCAUGCAAAGAGAACAACGUGGUGUAAGAGUUAAAAAUGCAGCAAAAGAAGAAGGAAGAGGACGCACAAUGAAGCACAUCGAUUCACCCAGGCCUAUCCUGCCUUUCAAACCUGGAGACCCCAGAGUUGCAGACAUUGACAGAUCAAGCCGGCUUCUUGUAAAGCUCCGAGAAAAUCCACAAAUCUCCAAGGAAGAUAGGGAUGGUUCUAUGAGAUAUGUGCGGAAGGACCUUCCUCGUUUCUCUUACGAUGGAAGAGAAACACGAGAACUGUAUAAGCCUACAACAAAGCUCAAGGAGCUGCCAAGGUUAUCCCUAGACAGCAGGCAAAGUUCCUUGAAAAGUGCUUCUGCUUCUGAAUCAAGACUAAAUUUCCUGGUGAGGGAAUUGCAAAAUGGAAAUGGAACUCUGAGCCAAAUAGUCAAUGGAAACCAAGAACCAGGGAGCAACAAGCGACCAUCAAAUGUGGUUGUAAAGCUAAUGGGUUUGGAUGCUUUUCCCGAGUAUGUUCCCCAUAAUCAAGAAGAGAUCAUAAAGGUUAGCGCAGAGACCAUUCAAGAUCCUGGUCCAAGAUCACUGAAGAAGUCUGGAAACAGUAAGAAAAAUCCGUCAGUGUUCCAACAAGAUGCACACAGGGAUCCAGCCUCCCCAAGAUCGAAGAGGGCAAGCUCAGGCAUGAAACCAACUACUAGUCCACGAUUUCCACUAGAAAUAGCUCCCUGGAGGCAGCCUGAUCCAAACCAUGAGUCUCCGAGAACAUCUCAGAAUAGCAGAAAUGCUACAGAGACAUCCACUUCAGUUUAUGGUGAAAUUGAGAAACGAAUAAGUGAACUAGAGUUCAAAAAAUCCGGCAAGGAUCUCAGGGCUCUAAAGCAGAUACUAGAAGCAAUGCAAAAUACAAGAAAGAGAUUAGAGUAUCAAGGAGGAGAACAAACUGAGUUGAAGUCUCAAACAAACAAGUUUACCUCAGAAUACAGAGAUGGCAACCCAGACAACUCUCAAGCACCUGAAUUGAGAAGAAAUGAUGCAAAUCAGUUAGCUCUAAUCAAGGGCUCUGGUUCACCAAAGAGGAUCAACUCUUCAGUAUUGAUCACAAAAUCAGCACGAAUGACUGACAAUAGAAAGAUUUCACUUGCCUCAGUUGUCACUUGUGCUGAUGCGUCUCAUCUCCAAAAGUCUGGAGUUCGUGAGAUUCUUUGCACAAGAGAGGAUUCGGUGGACAAAUAUUCAACAAAUGAUCAAACACCAAGGAAAUACACUGGACAAAAUCCCAGUAAGAGUAGGUCUCUCACAGACAAGUCCUCAAAUGGGGACAUUCUAAAGCAUACAGCAAAAGGGCCUCAGCUGAUGAAAGUAGAAAGGUUUACUGCCUUCGGAAGUGCAAGUCCAAGAUUCCAACAGAGAAAGUAUGAAAGUGAAUAUCAGUCUUCUCUCACCACUCCAGCACCAGACUUGAGAGGAAAGAGAGAGCUAGGUGGACAAUGCACAGAAAAGGACUCCUCAAAGAGAAAAGUGAGACAACAAUCAGCUUCUCACCAAAGUAAGAACAAAUCAAGAAGUCCCACUGACAGCAACAACUUGAGUAUCCAAAGUGAUACGGCAUCCACCCGAUCUGACAGCAACUGUAGCUUAGCCUCAUUGACAGAAACAGAAGUUACAAGCACAGAUUCUUCCACCGAGAUCAAAACCAAACAUCAAGAAGGCCGUAGCGAAAGACAUGCGUCAGUAAGGUCGAGUGAGUCCAUGCCUCUGGCUCAACUCAAAAUAGUUCCAAAUGAACAACCAAGUCCAGUCUCUGUUCUUGAUGCUUCAUUCUACAAGGAAGAUUCACCAUCUCCUGUGAGAAAGAUAUCAACUCCUUUUCAAGGUAUUCAUAAUACAAAUAAGAAUCAGUGUUUCCAAAAACAUCUAGACAUAUACAGAGAAUAAGCUUGAAAUUAAACUUUUCAGGUGCUCUGUAACUAACGGUUUUGUGUCUCCAUGGGCUAUCCUCUUAUUAACAGACUACGAGACCUCAAAUCCUGAUGAAGCAGAAUGGCAUUAUCUUGGUGAUGAGAACAAGAAGAAACUUGAGAAGAUAAACCAUUUGGUUGAUAAGCUAAGAAUGCUGACCACCAUACCUGAUGAAGCGAGCAUGUAUCAAGUAGCUUCAAUUAGCCAGAAUCCUACCCCUGAUCAUAGAUACAUUACCAAGGUACUUCUAGCAUCAGGUCUUCUUAAAGACAUUGGCCCCAUCUCAACAGCUAUUCAACUUCAGUCACCAGGCAAUUUGAUUAAUCCGGAUCUAUUCCAUGUCCUGGAACAAACUGAGCAAAGCAGCAAAUCAGCUAUUACAGACCAGAAACAAGGAAAUGCUUCCUUGAAGUUUGACCAGAAAGCUCACAGGAAGAUAGUAUUUGAUACUAUUAAUGAAAUCCUCAUCCGCAAAUUAGCUUCACAUGUUCACCUCUCACCAAGAAAGAGAAUAAAAACUGGGCAAGAGCUUUUGAGGGAGCUCUGCUCAGAAGUGGAUUGCCUCCAAACAACAUCCGAAUCCACCCUGGAUGAUGUUGAUGAAUCCAUAAGUAUCCUAAAUAAAGAUAUGAUGCAGCAACCCGAGGAGUGGAUAAAUAACCAGAGUGAAAUCCCUGCAGUGGUAUUGGACAUUGAGCGACUAAUCUUCAAGGACCUAGUCACCGAGGUUAUUACUGCCGAAGCCUUCAGCUUAUCUGAUUGGUCGAGAAUGCAACAGAAAUGUAAUUAGUAAACACUACUUACAUUUAUUUUCUUUUAUUGACAUUUCUUUCUUCCCUGUAUGUAAGAAUAGAUACCAGUAGAUGUAGCUUCUGUUUCAGUUAAGAAGGCAUUGUAAUAUAGAGCAUAGCUACCAAGUAACCCGAUUGUAAAUAAUAGAUCUCCUCUGUCAAUAAAAUCCAUUGCACAUGAAAUAUAACAGGGUCUUUCCAAGAAUUGAAUCCCUCUAGGGUGGUUGUAUUGCUUCACGAGUGACCAACGUCUCUGCAUAAAACUAGUUCAAGCAAUUACAUGUCCAGGAGGAAUAAAAAAUGAUGAAAAUGCUAGUUCACCCGAUUCCUUGAGAUUAUCCAUUGUGCAUCUGAGAAGGUGACAGGAAUCAGUAAUUAUGACCUCUAAUUAGCACAGUCGUUGUAAAUGACACUGUACAUUCCAAAAGUUGCUACAAUACGAGUCCCAACUUAAGAUCCCUUGAAAAUGCAAGUUUGGAAGAACACUUUCUGCUGUCAAGAUAAGCUAGUAAUUGCUACUGAUUAUCACUUAAAAGCCAAUUUCAGGAACAAGUUCAGUUGAAAGCACGGAAAAGCACAAGAGAAGGACCCGAAAAUUUCAUGGUCGUCCAUAUCUCAUAACACUUAUUUAGAAAGCAAUAAUGUAAACUCUUCUGCCAAUAUUUUCGACUUUCCAUAUUGAACAUACUGUGCUAUAAAUUUGGAACUAAUCUUGAAAAAGAUUGUGGCCAGAAAUCAGUUUUAUGAACUCUCGUUUGGACAGUAUUUUGAGGAAUGAUUCCUCAACUUAGUAAUGCUCAAACCAUAG